AGCUGGGCAGAUGUGCAGGGGCCGGACAGGUGUGCAGAGGCCGUGCUGACACCGCUGGCACCCACCGAGCCCUUCCCGCUGCGUUUGCCCGGUGGGCUCGGCUGAUCCCCAGAGCUCUGCCCGUAUCACGGAGCUGCGCUCGCCCCAGCAGCCGCCCCUGAGCCCUGGCUCCGUUGGGUUCAGCCCCCCCGAGCUGUCCUCCCGCCUCUCUCCCCUCCAGGUGGGCACACAGCGCUCCCAGCCAUGGCUCUGGCUCUGCGCUGCCUCCGCCCGCUCCCGCCGCUGCUGCUCCGCUGCGCCCCGCCCGUGCCCCGGGGGCUGCCCCGCUCUCCCGGGGGCUGCCCGGCCCCGCUCCCGCUCCUGCUCCCGGGGGGCUGCAGCCGCUGUGCCCAGCACUUGCUGCUCAGCAGGCAGCUGGCUACCAAAAAAGCUAAAGGCAAAGGGCAGAGUCAAGCCAAAGUGAAUAUCAGUGCUGCCCUAGUUGAGGAUAUUAUCAAUUUGGAGGAGACCAGUGAAGAUAUGCAGGCAGUCAUAGAAGCUCUGAAAGAAGAUUUCAGCAGAAAUCUCAGUGUUAGAACCUCACCAGGGGCCCUGGAUCACAUAACUGUGGUGACAAAGGACGGGAAGUUUCCGCUGAACCAGCUGGGGCAGAUCUCACAGAAGUCCCCCCAGCUCCUGACAGUGAACAUGACCAGCUUCCCAGAGAGCACAGCUGCAGCUGCAAAGGCCAUAAGGGAGAGUGGCAUGAACCUGAACCCCGAGGUGGACGGGACGGUGAUCCGGGUGCCAGUUCCCAAGGUCACGAGGGAGCACAGGGAGAGCCUGGCCAAGCUGGCCAAGCAGGCCACCAACAAGUCCAAAGAGGCCCUGAGAAAGGUGAGAGGCAAAAGCAUCACCCAAGUAAAGAAGUCCAAGAACAAAGUGUCAGAAGAUACCAUCUGGCUGCUAGAAAAGCAGAUCCAGCAAAUGGCAGAUGAGGCUGCUGCAGAGAUGGACAAGCUGCUGGCAGCAAAGACCAAGGAGCUGCUUGGAUAAACACCAUCCCCAUUGUCAAAAACAUCACAAACAUCAUCCCAGCUGCCCUGGAGCAGGAAUGGGCUGCCCCAGCCUGGGGCCAGCAGCCUCAGGGGUGGGCAGGGGCAGCUCUGUGCCCUGGCUGCUGCCUUGGGGUGUGCUGGAGGGAGGGGGGAGCUCUCCUUGCUGCCUUUAUCCAGGUGGGAACAGAAUUGGAUGAACUGAGAUCAAAAUUAAAACACCAGGGAGGAGGACUGGAGAUGCUGGAGGCACAGGGAGGACUGCCCUGCUCACUUUGUGCCCCCUCUUUGCCCCACACCUUCAGCCCCUGGGCCACCCCGAGAGGAACCUGUCUGUCCUGCUGCAAACCUCAGCACCUAUUUCUGCUUGAAAUAAAGUCAAAAUGGGGUGUGGAGCAGCAGCCUCACCACA